AUGAACGGCAACUCGCAUAAAAACAAAAACAGUCCGGCCAUUGUGAUUCCGGACGAUUUUGAGGGACAUCCGCUGGAGUCUUUUUGCAUCGCUCCCAACCUGACCAAAUUCCUCCAGUAUGUCCUCAUCCCGGGUGGAUUCGUCCAGGACAGAAUCGAGCGAAUGGCCUGCGACAUUGCCGUCGACCUCGCUAAUGAGCCCUUCACAGCUCUGUGCGUCCUUAAGGGCGGCUAUCUGUUUUUCAAUGACUUGCUAGAGAAGAUUCGCCGUCUCUACCGAUACCGAGUGAUGGAUCUGUCAGAGGAGGUGGCCGACGAGGCGCAGCAGAUCAGGGUUGAGUUCAUCCGCCUGAAAAGCUACGAAAAUGAGCAGUCCACUUCGAACAUUCAGGUGAUUGGCAUUGAAAGUCUCGAGUCGCUUCGGGGAAAGAACGUGCUAAUCGUCGAGGACAUCAUCGACACUGGCCGAACGAUGGUGAAGCUGCUGAAUCUGCUGAAGCAGUUUGGACCCAAGUCCAUUCGCGUGACGAGCCUCUUUGUGAAGCGCACUCCACUGAGCAAUGGAUACGUGCCCGAGUACGCUGGCUUUAACAUUCCCAACAAGUUCGUCGUCGGCUGCUCACUGGACUAUAAUGAGCACUUUCGUGAUCUGAACCAUCUCUGUAUUUUGAACUCGCUUGGAAAGGACAGAUUUUCUCAGUAA